AUGGCUUUAGAUACCGCUGUUAAUUCACAAAUUACCGAUGCUGUUGAUGAUGCUCAACAAACUUCAGUUGUUGAUAAAUCAUGGAGUAUUCCAAAAUCAAGCACCGUUAAAACCAACUAUCAAAUCGAUAAGCAUUUAAAGUUAUUAACUAAUCCAGAGUCAAUGGUCUUUAUUGAUAGUGAAGAUAAAUCAGAAAGUUCUACCAUCAGUGUUGGUAAAUUAAAAUUACCAGUUCAAAUUAAACCAGUUGCAGCUUUAAGAAGUUUUAUUAGUAGUCAAACAGUUGUUGGAACCCAAGAGCACGAAUUAACUAAAAAGAAAGGUUAUAGCACAACAUUUACCGCUAGUACUUCCUUAAAAUCAAGCAUUAGUGGUGGUAUUGGUGAAUGUGAGGCCUCAUUCGAAGUUACAACCGAAUUUAGUUAUUCUCAAAAUAGUUAUGAGGAAAAGAGUGAAACUUGGACCACUACUCUUACAGAAGGUAGUUACACACUUUAUCAAAAUAUUCUUUUAUAUGCAUUCAAAGUUGAUGCCGCAGCAGACCCAGCAAUUCGUGAUGUUUUCACUAAAGACAGUCCAGAUCUUACUUUUUAUCAAAGACCAAACACUCAAGAAUGGUAUUUAUUUGUUCCAACUUAUAUGAAUUCACCAUUCACCAUUAGCUUUAGCAGUGAUACUUAUGACCCAGUAUCAGAAGACGAUGUAAUCUCUUAUUUAAUGAACAAUGGAUACAGUAAAUGGUGCAAAUUUUAA